GUGUUUAACCAGUUCUAUCACAUAUGUGAUAAUGACUGGCACCAAUAUUGUCCUUUAACUAUACCAUGCCUCUAGAAAACAUACCGCGGCGAGGAAAAAACUCGAACAUUCUCGACGGCUUUAUAAUUAAUACUACAUACGCAUACGCGGUAGAUUUCACAGCCCUGUUAUAUAUAGACGGGUGUUCAUUACACGCAGUCAGUUUGUCAACAUCGUACAGACAAGCAUUUUAGAUAAAAUGGCAGCUAAAGUAGGACUCGCUAUUUUUGGUUUUGGUAACAUGGGUAAAAUCCAUUUCAAGAAUUGCAUGAUGUCACCAAGAGUAGACGUCCGUUGGAUAGUCUGUCUGAAUGUAAACGAUGCUAAGAGCAUGGUAGAAUCGUACAACUUGCAUACAAAAUGUCUAUCAAUUGAUGAGGCUAAUAUCGAUAAUGUUUUAAAUGACAAAAGUGUAAAGGCUGUAAUAAUCUGUUCACCUACAGAUACACACGAAAAUCUGAUUAUCAAAGCUUUGGAGGCAGAUAAAGAUGUAUUUUGUGAAAAGCCAAUAACACCCGAGUUCAAAUCUACAGCACAAUGUUAUGAAUUAGCGGAAGAGAGACACAAAAUUCUUCUCUGUGGGUUCCAGAGACGGUUUGAUCCUAGCUUUAGUCAGCUGCAUGAUAACCUACAAAACAAGGCCCUUGGUAACCUUCGUUUACUAAAGAUAUCCAGUCAUGAUUUAGCGCCACCACCAUUACAGUAUAUAAACGCUUCUGGUGGUAUAUUAAGUGAUUCGACAAUACAUGAUAUUGAUAUGUCAUCAUGGUUAGCUGGAAGUAAACCAACUAGUAUAUAUGUACAAUCUUCAGCUUUUGAUAAAGAUAUAGCUAAAUAUGAUUGUGAUUUAGUUGUUGUAACUAUUAUGUUCAACAAUGGAGUUAUCAGUGUUAUUGAUAAUGGAAGACAGGUUAGCUAUGGUUAUCAUCAACAACUGGAGGCUUUAUGUGACAAAGGUGUAUUGAAUGUUACAAAUCGACGAGUACAUCAACUAGAAGUAUCAUCAGCUGAACAAUCUGUGAUACCAUCCAUAGAUCAACAUUAUUCAACCAGAUAUACGGAUGCCUAUAGAUUGAUAUUGGAUCAUUUUAUCGAUGUUGUUCAAGGAAAAUGUGAGCCCAUUAUUACUAAAGAUCACGUUCUACAAGUCAAUAAAAUGGUUGAAGCUGGUAAGAAAUCACAAGCAUUGAAAAACCCAGUUUAUUUCUAAAAAUACAAAUGGUCUAAUUGUUUGGUUUUAGUAGUCCCUAAAUAUCGCAUCUACAAAUAUUUAAUAUGCCAUUUUUUAUCAAUCCAAAAGUAUUUGAGAAGAAAAGGGUCUUUGUUUCGGCCAAUCUGUUGAACAAUGGGCAGUGACGGCUCCAGAAUUUCCUAAUGGGGGGGGGGGGGACUUCCUCCAGAAAUACACGAUUUGGAGCAUAUCGUAUAUAAACAAUUUAAAGAAAAGUGGCAGGGUCUGUCUUUCAUACCCAAUUUGGCAGCUAUUGUUAUAUAAUUCGCUUCAUUAUAUGAAUUUGAUAUUAAUCAGGUAUAUAUUUAAUUUUUGCUUUCCAUGUGAUAAUUUCCAGUAUCUUUUUCACUAUUAGAAUGCAGUUCACUAUUGCUUAUGUAGAUUAUGUAAUCUUUAAAUUUCAAGCAUAAAUCUUUAAAUCUGGAAUAAACACUUUUACACUAGGAUAUGUGAAUGCCAUUAACUAUUUUUUUAUGUUGUUAUGUAGAUUAUAUUUAAGCAAACAUCAUUAAACUUUAUUUUUUGAUAUUGGUUAUGGGAAAGACAUCUACUGUUUUAAUGGUAUUGCGAUCCAAUGUCAUUUUGAACUGGUCUUUUUUAUAUCACAAUAAACUAUCUGUUUUU